AUGGAAUUAAAUAGAACGCGCAAAGGGCCGCUGCCUGGAGGUCGCCAGGGCGCGUCUGGAGCUGGCGCUGGACGCGGCAGCAUGCGAACCGUCAGCCGAGCGCGAGGUGCUGCACGACCACCUAGCAGCCCCUCGCAUCCAUCAUCCCCACCAGCUGGCUUGUUGUCGGCAGGGUCUUCGCGGGCCCAGCAAUCGGCACCCGCCUCUGGUGGAGUACGCCGCAUGCGUUGGACAACCCAGAUGAACGGCAAUGCAUUGCGGGCGUAUUUUAGGGCGAAAGGGGGAGAAACUGGAUGUUUGGCGUAUCGGGCUAGGAUGCAUCAUCUUUUUGGUGAGCUGGAGCCAUCUUUAACCGUCACAGAGCAAAACCUGGCAGACCGAGUUCGGUAUAUCAUGCGCUCAAAUAUAUUUGAUAUCGCCGAACUCGAACGGCUACGACGUAGGGCUGUUCCCUCGUCGGAUGAGAAUGCUACGGCUGAGGAUGCGGCGCCACAAGUGGUAGAGCAACCCGCAAACGUGGAUGCCACCGUGAAUACCCCAGUUGUGGUUGAUUCAAGCGAUGAUGGAACAGUCACCCAGGAACUGGAAUUAGAGCAUAUGAGGAGUACAUUGGAAGAGGCGAUUGUGGAAACGCGCAGUACGCCUCUCGAAAAUCGACCGCGACUUCCCCGCAUAGGCCUAAGCAAGCGGAAUCGGGCUGUCGUGAGGGCUCUGAACCCAAUGCUGGUGAACUAUUUGGAAGCCAGCCGGGACCUUUGCGAGACGGACUCAAUUCUUUUUGGCGCCGCGCUGGCAGUCUGCCGUAUCAUAGGCGCCAAGGUUUCCACGGCUGGACGGGCUACUGGCCAUAGUAGCGCUAUCCCAGCAUGGAGAAGAAGAAUUGAGGAACGUAUCGCAAAGGCUAAGCUCUCAUCGGCAGCUGAUAUGCUUCAGAUCAGGCAACAACAGGCCAAUAAUUGUGCGCUACGUCAGGAUGGCGUUUGCUGGGACAAAUGUCAGUUUGUCCCAGCCGGAUAUAACGCAAAAACUGACGGAGCGCAUAGAUGA